CAAGCAGAUAACCCCCAGGAUUCGGGUGAACGUUCUUUAUUCUCGUCGCCUGUGCCAUUGCCCGCGUGUAACACGCCAGAACUACGGGACGACAACAUCAUUAGAAGCCACGAUUCCGACGAAGUGUAUAACAAGCUGGAAGCUCAGAUUAUUACCAUCGGGACGGUAUCUCCUGGAUUCCAGAAUGGUGUCGACUUGCUACGUGACCACGUCGAUAGUAGCUGUCCUCCUUAUCCUUUUCAUCACACAUAUAUGGGUUCUUCCCAUUUUGUUCUGCCAAGGUUGGGAACAGACAUGGGUGCAGGCGCAUGCGACACAGAUACACUUGGAAACAUGGAUCUCAGAGGAUCUCUCCCGUUUACCCCUUUUACGCCUUCAUGGACCCCAGAUCCAUACGGAGGAUAUCCCCUCCAAUUUGUGAACCCUUUCACACACACUCCCCCAGUUCCUUCUAACCCCUGUUCCCCUAUUGGGUACUCGUACCCACUAGCUCCUCUCCCCACUUCAGCCCCCGUCUAUGACAUGUAUCCUCCGCCUCAGGAGUUUGGCCCAAUUGAUGUAUCUGAGCCUCUUUACCCAUACCACUUAGGUACAACUGGGGCUGCAGUUGACUACAAGACUUACGGAGCACAGACGGUUCAGCAUGAUCCAGGAUUCGCGCACAACUAUGACUACUCUGACCAGGACCUUGCACCGGACCUUCACGCUCAAACAAUGGACUCUGACCUUUCUUCAGGGAUGAGCCUUGAUUUUAUCAAAUGUGAGACGUUAUUGAAGCAAACUCGGAGGAGUUGGUUGGAAGAUCUCCUCGGGGCUGUUCUUGGCUACGGCUUAUUCUCCCUCGGAGUCAUGAUGCUCUUUCUUGGACUGUUGUAUCUGUAUGACGCAGAUUUGCAAUACAAGACGUUGCUGGUGAAGGAAACUUUUCAUGCUGAACUGGGUUGCGAUUACACUUUGAGUUCGAGAAACUCCAAGGAAACAAUGUCGUUCUGUCAUCACAAUAACACAUCUGUUCCAGACCUACACGUAUACAGAACGACUGCUCAGCCUUACCUGCAGAUCCUCACCGCGCUCGUAGGCUACACCGUGCUCAUCUUGGGUGUCAGUUCCUGGCGCACUUUCGAAAAGAUUGUACGAUGUGUGAAUGCGGGAUAUACUUUCUUGCUACGGUGCUUACAGAUCCGAAAGAAGAAGGAGGCUUCAAGGGUUAGGCCUUAUUAUUCUCCCACAAGUUCAAGUUGCGGGUGCACCAAUUGCUCCUUGAGCACUGUGUUCAGAUACAAACCAUCACAAUGUCAAUGUCGCCACACCUGUGGGGAUUGUUAUGAAGCUCUCAUCAAAUCGUUCGAACUAUUGGUGCGAAUCGAUCGUUGGAGCGACACUCUCUUGUGUCCCAGUGGUUUCCUCCGCGAAACGCUAAAACCAUCUUCUUUUAAGAAAUGGGUAUACAAGGUGCUGUGGAUGAUCUUUGCACUCCACAUCCCAUUCGUUCUCCUCCUAUCCAUCUACCGACUUGUUCUCUUGCAGGGCCCUUCGCCUGGCUCGUAUCUUAACUAUGUCAUUAGCGUGUUUGUUGCCCUGGCGUGCUUCAUUUCCAUCACGAGGUUUACUCGCCGUCUCGUUGUGCCCUCGGUAGAAUCGGUAGUGAACCACUACAUAGAAGGCACUGGAAUCCAGUCUACCGAUACUCGUGUCACUGUGCCGUGGGUCUGUGCGAAGAUGUGGAAGACAAUGGGUGCCGACUGGGAGGAUAUGGUUGAAACCUGGGAGGAUUGUGUCGGGCGGGAACAGAAAUGUCAAGAGACCAGGGAGAGAAUGAUACGAAAAAUGGGAAGCGAAAGGUGGUUCGAUGUAGAUCAGAAGAAUUCCUUGAGGUUGGUAUAAGAACAAGUAGAUACUUCAUGAUCAGUUCAUGAUUGGACUUGCUAAAAUGUGUAGGAUCGAACGCUGUACAUUAUCCUUGCCAUGCAUUAUGAAGUCUUACCGUUCACACUA